CUGACGUCUGACGUUCAUGUCAUCCACUCAUCAAAUGUGACGUACAAAAUGUCGAAUGCAGUUUGUUGAUUUACUUUUAUUUUACCAAUUAAAUUCUUAGAUUGUUCAAUUUUAAUAUUAAUUUUAUACAAAAUAGGUCAAAUAAAGAUGAGCAAUCACCACAAUGGCGGCAGAACUGGUGAAACCGAACAGAUGGCACAAUCGCAAUGCCUAAAAGUGUUCAUCCAAAGAGACUACAGCGAAGGAACGUUGGUAAAAUUCCAAAAUCGGUUCCCACAAGAACUCGAGGGCAGGCUGGAACGGCAAGCCUUCGAAACCACUGUAAAUAGACUGAAUUCUUAUUUUGCUGAAGCUGAAAAAGCAACUUGUUCCACUUAUUGCGAAGGAUGUCUCGCCUGCUUGACGGCUUAUUUAAUUUAUAUUUGCAAGGAAACACAUUAUGAAAGGUGUUUGAAAAAAGUGUCUAAAUACAUAGCAGAGCAAAAUGAACGAGUAUACGAACCAAGAGGAUUAAAACUGACGGAUCCCAGUAUGAGAGGGUUGCGGGUGUUAGAAAUCAGCUGUCUGGAUAGGCCACCAAAUGCAUGACUUACGUUGUCUCACUCCACGCAGGAGUUUUUUAUGUGAAACUCUUAUUACUCCAUAUAUCGGACAGCAUUUGCAUGAUGGCUAAUACAUUGUGACAUUCUUCUAAUGCCAAACAUAUAUGGCUCAAGACUGUUUUAUAAUAUAUAUUUGUAAUUAUCUUUACAAAAAAAAAACCACGUACGGCCUUCUAUCCGGCGAACGUUGAACGUUUUCUGGUGCAACACACGAGGGCGAUUUCAAAAGUUCUCAGCUUAAAUUGAAUUCGUUAAUACUUUUAAUCAGGGGGUAACUAUUGUUAGAUUAAUUAUAUAUAGACGUUUUAAGAUAAUGUAACAUUUGUUUUUAUUAUUUAAAUGGUUUAAUUUAUUUUAUAACUCUAUUAGUACUAAAUAUAGCAUUAAUUUAUGUCUCUUUUACUGAUAUUCUAAUUUAUAUUGACCAUAUUUACUAUAUCAGUGUGAUAUCUUAACCAAAACUGAAGUCUAUACAGGGUGUUUUUUCAAUAUUGCGAAAAAAUUCAGAGGCGUGUCCCUUGGACGAAAUGAAGUAAAGAAGUUCCUAUGAACAUAUGUCCUACGCCUCUUAGAUUUUGAACUACAGGGUGGUAAAGUUAUAAGAAAAAAAACUUAUUUUUUGCGAUACAUUUAAUACCCCUGUAGAUAUUUUUCUGAAAAUUGGUACGCAGUUUGUAUGCAUCCAAAGCCAUUUUCCGAUACACAAUUUAAACUUUUACUUUCGCCGUUGGCGUUCAUGCGGGAUUUGAACUGAAUAUUUCUUAUAAAAACGGUACGCCACUGGUUUUUCUUGUAAUAAAAAAACAUUUUUGAAUUCUUUCUUUUAUAGCAUAUCUGGUCUCUUGGUCUUUUUUCGCUUGAUGCAUGGUUUUCGCAUAAAAAAUAAAAACCAUUUUCCUGCAAUGCCCUAUCGUUAAAAUUUAAAUUUUUAAUUUAAUAGUAUUUACUGUAUUGCAAUUGAAGAUCCUUGAGUUUGGGAGAAGCAUUUUUUGUGAAGUUACCUUUUUCCGGUAAAAAAUUGAAACAUGCCUGUCUGAUAAACAUUAAAAAUAACGUUACCACCCAGUAGUUCAAAAUCUAAGAGGCGUUGGACAUAUGUUCAUAGGAACUUUUUUGCUUCAUUUCGUCCAAGGAACACGCCUCUGAAUUUUUUCGCAAUAUUAAAAAAACACCCUGUAUGACGUUCUAGAAUAUUCCAGACUUUUUUGGCUAACAAUCGGCACCUCCACCAGAAUUGUUGUUUCGUUAUCAUUCAUCGAUGGGUCCAAUACAUUCUAGAGUGAUAAUUCAUUUCGACUGGCGGUGACCAUGGGCGUAUCAUGAGGGUUUCGGAGGUUGACUUAGUUAAUUGAAUAUUCUUGGUAACGGAAAAAAUGGAUGUCCCUAAAGGCUCAAAUAAGGCAGAGAUGGGCUUUUUUGAGAAAACUUGAUCAGCAGGAUGGGUUAUAUAUUAUAAACUGACAACCGCAGGAGUUGGUUUAUAAAUGAAAGGGAUUAUAGCAGGAUCGGACUAGUGGAAAAUGGUUUUCAUGACAGUACUGUAUUUUUUGGAUAUUCCCAAAGGGCUAUUGAGCAAAGUCUUUACUUAUUUACAAUUAUACAGGGUGUUUCCGAACUUGGCGUCCAAAUUUGUAGGGGCGGUAGUUGGCAUAAUUUGAGAGCGAUUAGCAGAUUUCAUUUUUCAAAAAAAAUUAUAAUUAACAAAAUAGAGCCAUUAUAAAAAAAUCAAAGAGCGGGUCCUAUCCUGAUCGCGUAGCGCAACAGUCGCAUGAUCGGUUACUCAUCGGGAUUUACAACUCAAGAACAGAUGCGACUUGCAAUUUUGUCGAUUUAAAGCGGAGUCGAGGCGAACCCGUCGCUGUGCAGGACCGUACCUGUUUAAAAUUUUUAAUUAAUUAUUAAUUAUUUUUAUUUGAAAUAUUUUGGAAAAAUGAAAUCUGCGAAUCGGUCUCAAAUUAUGCGAACUACCACCCCUACUAAUUUGGGCGCCAAGUUCGGAAACACCCUGUAUAUGUAUAAAACAUUCGAUAAUAAAGAAUGUACAUUUAAUAAACCUGGUAUACUCGCGAAAACUUCGGAUGAGUUUAUUUCUGCUAAAAUUUAAGUUGGAAUCUUGAAUUUUUGGAGUAUGAGACUGAAUAAAGGAAUAUAAUUCCACAUACUUUUUUCAUCGCACUACCCUAUUUGUCAUUCUAAGCUACCGUUACGGCAACAUUUUCAAUGACGCCCUGUAUGUAUUACGAAGGAUUAUGAAAGAGCACACUCUUGAGUACAUCCAUAAUUUUAAAGUUAGGUUACUUUUUGAUAUACAAGGUGUUUUCAAAGUUGAGUCAUUUAUUUUAACAGCUUGUAGAACUCGUCAAAAGAAGUCGAUAUGCCAAAAAUCACCUAAAUAAAAGUUGCAUAAUAAGGGAGUUAUAGGUUUUUUAAAAUUAAAAACAUUUUUUAUCGGUAAAAUGUAUUCCAUUUUUACAAAAAUUGUUCAAAAUUGUCAGCAUUUGUCCGAUUAUUGUAUAGUCUUGCUCGGCAUACCCACGACUCCUGACAGGCCUCAAAAAUAAAAUCCGGAUGUCUGCGAAUAACAUCACAAGCAUUUACAAUGCGGCCUUGAAGUUCUUCCACAGUAUUUACUUCUCCAUCAUGAUACACAGGGCCGCCGAGAGCCAGGCCGGGCCCCAGGACAAUUCUCUAGAUCGGGCCCUGUGAUAAAAAAAAGCUCUUCAAACAAAAACUUUUCCUCUUCUACUUGAAAUACUUUUUCUAAAAAAAAGGUCCUCAACUAAAAACUACCAAAAACUUUUUCUCCCCUACUUGAAUUACUUUUUCUAAAAAAAAAAGUCUUCAAGCGCAAAAACUUUUCCUCUGCUUGCAUUAAACUUCCCCUCUCGUCUUGUGUCGAAUUUCUCAUACAGAACAAAAAAUCCAGUUGUCUUGCCCCCCUUAUACCGCUGCCGGGCCCCCAUUUGAGUCCGGGCCCCGGGAAUUAGUCCCGGCUACCCCCCCUCUAGUCGGCCCUGAUGAUACACCAACUGUUUUAAAUAACCCCACAGAAAAAAUCACAAGGCGUUAGGUCCGGAGAGCGUGCAGGCCAAGAAACGGGUCCAUUCCUCCCUCCCUAUCCAUCUAUUCGGAAACUGUUCAUUCAAAUAUGCACGAACUCUUCUGAAAUGCGGUGGAGCUCCGUCAUGUAGAAACCACAUAUCCUGCCUAACAUUCAGUGGAACAUCUUCUAAAAAUUCGGGCGGAUGGUGUCGAAGAAAAUCUAAAUAAAUGUCACCGGUUAGCCGAGGUGGAAAAAAGUAUGGUCCAAUAAGCAUACCAUUUACUACACCAGCCCAAACAUUUAAUGAAAAUCUAUGUUGGAAAUUAGAUCUUCUUACGGCAUGCUGAUUUUCUACUGCCCAAACAUGAUUGUUGUGAAAAUUGAAUAUCUCAUUUCGUGUAAAUGUGGAUUCGUCUGUAGCUAAAAUUAUUUUCGUAAAAUCUUCAUUUCUGUUCAACUGUUGUAAAAACCACUGGCAAAAUUCAACUCUUCUAGAAUGAUCUUCAGGUUGUAAUGCAUGUACCCGUUGAUAAUGAUAAGGAUAAUAUUGUUCCUGCCGUAUUGUUUUCCACACUUUACUAUGGGAAACAUCGACUUUAGUUGCUAUGGCUCUGGUACUUAUUGUUGGGUAAUUUUCCACAAUUUCCAAAAUAUUUUCCUUAAUUUCUACCAUUUCAGGUGGAGCAGGUCUUCCAGCGUGACCCCGUCGUUGUUCUUUCAAGUAUCCUGUCUCACGAAGUCGAAUAACUAAAUUUACAAACAUCCGUGGAGCCGGAUGAUUUCUUAAUGGAAACCUUUCCGCGUAAAGGCGACAUGCUGCGGCUGCAUUUUGUUGGCACUCUCCGUAUGUUAGUAUUAUGUCCACUAGUUCAUUGUUUCCAUAAACGUGGGCCAUUUUUCCGUACAAAAUAUCAAAAAAAUUAAAGUGAUACGAACUAAACGCUUGAUACCAGUAACUAAUCGAAAAACCGUAAAACAAAAAAAAUAGCUAUACCUAGAUAAGUAAAAUUGUCGUAGUAACCAAACAACGAUAAGUUUUUACUUGGCAGUGGUCAGGAAUAUUAAAAUAUGCGGAUAAACAGUUUGUAUUUGUUUUAGUUUUAAAAUUUUGAAAUUCCUUUUUAUUUCUUUUAAUAUGCAACUUUUAUUUAGGGGAUUUUUGGUAUAUCGACUUCUUUUGACGAGUUCUACAAGCUGUUAAAAUAAAUGACUCAACUUUAAAAACAUCCUGUAUUCUAAUUUAAAAUGUUUAGAGAAUAUUUUAUACAAUCAGGUGUGAGGACUCUCUGGACUUACAUAACUUUUUCAUUACGUCACUAGUUUUUUUAUGCGUCACUACUGCAUACGCGUAAUUACGUCACUUGUCACCAAUGAGACAGUUUACAGCAAUGAAGACAGAUGGCGCGGGUGCUUGACAGACGUUCCCUUCACGUGGACGAUGCAUUUUACAACAAUGUUAGGUUAAGAGAAUUUUUCAAAUCGCCCUCGUACAAUGAUUCGGUCCAGAAAUGAAUCUCGGGCUCGGUGGAAUGAUUGGAACAUCAGCGUAUUUUAUGAAUUUUUUUUACAGCACGCCUUUCAAUGUUUUUACGUAUUAUUUUUCACGGAAGACAUUUUUCUUAUUUAUUACUUUAUCAGAUGUUUGAAAUUUUAAAUUUGUGUGUAUGAGGUGUUUGCAUAUUUUGAGUAGUCAUUAUGUUUGUUAAAGUUUCGAAUAUCUCGGAUGUUUCUAACAUAAAAACAAGAAUGUUAUGAUUUAUUUUUACAGAUAUAUGCAUCAUACGCUAUUAAACAGUGUAGAUUUUCAAAAGGUAAAAAUAAAAUCAUUCAUUUCGGUCCAAAUAGUCUGUGUUCCAUUAGGUAUGAUUCACCCUAUAUAAUAAUAUUCUACUCAACUUUAUUUAAUACUCUUUAUACCUAUUUCUAACUGUAUUUGAGAUUUAAAUUGUUUUACCUUGACCUUGUUGAUGGAUUUUUACUUUUUUUACUAAUUCGGUAGCAAAAACUAUCAAAACAACAUAUAAUCUAAUGAAUACAACCUCUUGAAAUUAUUUUUUAUAAUAAAAAAACUGUUAGAGAUAGAUAUUGGGAAAUAAUAACGAAAAUUGAGCCGAAUGCAGAUUCAUAAAUGAAAAAAAUCCCACUAAUUUUUAUUUUCAUUCAAGAAAUUGUUUACAAUUUCUCUUAUCGUAGGUAUAUUAAGUACUCUAAAUAUGUGUAAUAACUUAUAAAACAAGCAAAAAUGUGUUAAACCUAAAGAGUGUAUUUAUAGUAAUCUUAAAAUAAUUUUGUUAUCCAAACAUUACUACAUGUUUUCUUUAAAUCAAUUUUCUCGCAGUG